CUCUUUUGUAACUCUAAAUUGAAAAUAAAGCUGCUUGUCUCAAUUUCCGUACCCAUAUUCUCGAAACACGUUAAAUCUUAUGUUUUUUUCUUGUUUUCUAUAUAAUAGCUGCAGGAUUCAUAGCAAAUUUCCAUAGUGUUUCGUUCUUUUCUUUUAAAGAACCAUUCUUUUUGUUUGAAAUUAAGAAUUUGCAACAAACCCAGUAGAGUUUUGGAGAAUUUGAAACAAACCCUUCUUAGUUUUGGUGAAUCUGAGAUAAACCCCGUUUUUCCUUUUUGUACCUUUUGAUGCCAUGCAUGUUUAUUAAAGGCAAGAACUGGAGAAUCUGUGGCAGACCCAUGUCACUUUCCAGGCUUGGAUCUGCUUACUUUGAUUGAAUUGAUUGGAGAAAGAUGGAUUCUUUUGGGUUUUCAAGGGUGAGGCAAUGUUUCUUUUAGCUUCUAUUGUUAAAUCAGCUGGUUGUUGAUUUGUUUGGUCCUAACUGUGUUUAUAGAAUAUGUAGUAUUCAGUGAAUUGUGCUGUUUAUGCUAAUAGAGACAUAAUAAAAUUUUGAAUUGCUUGAUAAAGCCAUAAAUAAUCAGGUGAAGUGGUGUGAUGCCUGAAUUUUGUGGUUCAAGCCUGCUUCUUGGGCUUCCUGAUGAUGUGUUUGCCAUCAUAUCACGGUCCCUUUCUCCAAGGGACAUGUGUAUUUUAAGUAUUUGCUGCCGAAGCUUAUAUGAUAUUGUGGCAUCCGAGAAAGUUUGGCGCACCCAAUGUGACAUGGUAGGAAUUAUCUCUCAUCAGGAUGUUAUGGAGUGGCGGAAGGGUGUAUCAUCUUAUAGGGCGUUGUGUCGCUUCCUUGUUAGUGUUAAGCCAUUAAUUGGAAUUUGGGUUCACCAAAAUCCCGAGCUUGGUAAUGUAGUGUAUGUCAUGCCUGGUUUUGUAUCUGUCGUUGGAUGCCGGAUUUUACCACAGGAGUUGGGCCCGUUAGGAAUCGAGGAAGGUCCUAUUUUAUGGGCACCGGUUUUUGAAAUAAUAGGUGACCUUGAUGGUUCUACCUCGUUUUUCCUACAUGGGGGAGAGAAAGGGAAUGACCAUGUUUAUCCUGGUUCAGUCAAGUCUGUAGGGAGCAAAUGCAAUGUCCUGUUGCUUGAGGUUGAGCCUAGGCAACAGAAGGGUCAAUUAUUCCCAAAUAAAAGCUUUGCUUAUAACUCAGAUAAGGAGCUAGCAAGAAAGCUUUCUAGAUCUCAUAAUGGACUGUCGUGGUCACAGAGGUUGAUUAUACAAUGUGAGGCCAAGGUGCCCUUUAACCGCUUGUCUUUUAGUGACAGAAGAAAGUUGAUUGAGGUUGUCACAAGCCAAGUUGGUCAAAAGGUACCCGAUUUGGAAAACAGGCUGCUGUUUCCUCGGUUGAGGAAUGAUGAAGAGAAUUUUCAGAAAGAUAUAGCACUCCUAUUUGAACGGAGAUCAUUUCUUUUGAAAAUUUGUAAGCUUGGUCAAGGCUUUAAUUGGAAGGAAGCACCUGAAGUGCCUUCUGAUCCUACGCAACUGCAAUGGAGUGAGAUUAGAAAGAGUCUUGAUCGGUCAAGUGGGUCUCUGAAUGAGGAUGAUAAUCAGAUGCAAUCCAACACGAAGAAAACCCUCGGUGGGUAUCUCAGAGCAUACAUCAGACAGAUUUUGGGGAAGUCCCCCUCCGUAAAUGGUAGCCACGGACAUUCAAAGCACAGUUCUUCAAGCAGAGAGAGUAAACAUGCACAGCUGCAUGAGUUUUUGAGGUCAGGGGACACAAUAGGGUUGACUUUACAUGCCUCUAAGAUGAGAUUAUCUUCUUAUCGAGCAUGGCCGAAUAUCCAUGACAGUCAGUUUGCCCUAUACAAAUUACCCAUGCGAGUUCCAAGAGCUGAUCAAGAAUAUGCUGGUUUAUGGGGAGGGACUUUUGGUUGGCCUCCCGGGAAGCCCACUGAAGACAAGCCUGGAAAAGCUCUGUUCUUUCUUUUGAUCACUUACGAGGAGUCUGAGGGACACAGAAAUCUCAUUGCUACCAAGAUAUUAGAAGGCACCCACUAUGUUCUGCAUCCAAAUGGCUCAGCAAUGUUCGUUGUUAAUAUUGAUGAGCCUUCACAGGAUCCAUUUCCUUGGGAUGUUGAUGCAAAUUCCUUUCCUUUGACCAUUAAGCAUGCAUUUGCAGGGGAGGGUAUAGCGAAUGGGUAUGGUUUCAGAUAUCCAGGCUCAAAGCCUGGUUCCCUCUUUGUAAUUCAAAAUGGUCUUCUUGCCUUUGUUUGGAAGGAGUCGAGAGCUGUCUUGAACAUGCAGAGACUGAACUUACAAGAACUUUUGAAGAAAGGUGAACGGGUGCCUGCUUUACCUCCUAGUGACAACUUUUCAUAUUUGACCAAGUCCUACUCAAAUGUCUUUGCUGGCUUCUCAACUGCCUCAACUUGUUUGCCUUCACCAAGGCAAAAACAUUUAUAGGCACUGAAAGCAAAGUCCAUAAGCCGAAGGGUUACUACAAAUUCAUAAAAGCUGAAGUGUCCUUGGUUGCUGCAGCUGGCGGUUCGAAUUCCUUUUCCACAGGCAACAAGCUGUUGUUCAUUGAUGAUGAAAUUGCUCUUCAAUGUUCCAUGCUUCCACGAUACCCUCCUCUUGGAUUAUAAAGGUUAAGGUGAUUCUUGUGUAUCCUGAAUAAAGACAAGCAUUGAAUAAGAUUAUAUUAUUUUUAUGAUAAUAAGCAUAAGGUAUAAGCUUCUAAAAUUAUAAGUAGAUAAUGAGGUGUAUUAAUUUAUGAUUGGUAGAAGGAUGAGAGAUUGAACAAACUACUUUGCUAAAUGCAUUUGGAUGGUAUAAUUGGGAAUGAAAAUGUCCCCUUUUUAGUGUUUU